AUGCAAGAUACACAAUCAGAGGCCGAACGACAAUACAGGAGACAACCAUCACACCUUGACGCUUCUCGCAGCCAGUCUGUUGCAACCUCAAGCACUUGUAUCAAGAAGUCUAAGACAGAUCCAGAGGUUGUGAUAUGCAGAAAAUUCUCGCUGUUGACCAUCGUAUCACUCACCAUUGCAACGCCUCAAGUGAUUUGGCUGCUGUACGAGCUGAUAACGGGACAGAAAAUGAACGUCAACUUUGCCGCUGUCGCAAUGACGCUAACUGCAGCGCAACCUCUGAUCGACUGCUCACUUAUCAUAUACAUGGAUCGUCCAAUACGGAACAAGAUUUUAGCAUGGCUUGGACGCAAGGCUUCACCCCUUGAACGUUCGGUAUCAUCUGAAAGAGAGAAGAAAGUACAGGAAUUGUGUCGAACUGUGCUCACAAGGCCACUAUUGACCCAACGUUUGACCUUUGACCGCUACAACACCUUCAAUCAACGUAAAAAACACCCAGCUGCUAAAAUGUCUGACGACGAAGACAAUGAUCUCGACCAAUUCGAAGACGCACAAGAUUCUCCGAACUCCAGUCCCACAUUAAACGUAGAUGACCCCUUCCCGCAUAUUCCUCAUAAGCGAUUGUCGACUGUCAGUUCGAUGGCAUCUGAAGACUUUGCAAAGGAUUUGCCUUCCUUUGACAAGAAGGCUAUCAAGGCUCUGCUUGAAAACGCUGAUGAGACGCUGGAUAAUGAUAUCAGGGAUGUCGAGUUGGGGACUGAAUACUUUCUCAAUUCGAGAUUUGACGAUGCAGAAUCAUUAUUUCUGGCUAAAUAUUUAAGUAGCAUGUACUGCACACAUGCUUAUGCCAUUAUCUCUGUCUUGAAGGCACGUAUACACGACUCAGGUUGUCAUUCUUUAAUGACAUUCGAACCAGCUGACUUGGACAAGGCAUUCAAGUCUCUGAAAGCGUCUGUGUAUAUCAGCUCACAGAUUCGAGCAAAGCAGUCAAUCCUGUCACAAAUGUCUAGUAUGGUGGGAGGUCUGGACAAGGAAGCUUCGAGGAUAGCUGGUCUAACUCGUUUGCAAAAGCAUGCGGAACUUAAUUUUGCAGAGGCUUAUCUCCUCAAAGCUCUCCUAUCAAUUCUCAGCGACUCAUCAAUGGUCGCCCUGGUCCGUGAAGGCCUCCAUAUAAAAAACGCAUACGGGAUCUUCCAAGCCUGUUACCGUUUUGUCGAAAACGUGCUCGAAGAAGCCGAAACGUCAGGAAAAGACGCUGACGCUGCACUAGCACAAGCCGGUGUAGAUGAGCAUUUCCUGACUGGAGUGUUGCACGGUGUUGGAAUGUUUGAAAUGAUAUUCUCGUUACUACCCGGACGAAUAUUACGAAUAUUUGAGAUGAUUGGAUUCACUGGCGACCGAGAAUUUGCUAUUUCUCGUCUCGAAAUUGGUGGUGGAUGGCCUGUGCAUGAUCGGUCGAUAAAGGGUACUAGUGGACGUAAGGCUAGUAAGGCUGCAUCGUCGGGACGUCGUCAGACGAUAUUCAAGAUCCCAAAGGUUGCCACGUCGACUUCAGGUGGAAUUAGAAAGUUUAUAUGUGAUUUGAAUCUGUUAGCAUAUCAUGUGCUUAUACCUGCAUUGCUGCCAUUACCCGAUAUUGAUUUGGCGUUCGCAAGGGAGAUUCUGGACGCGCAGCUACAGAAGCAUCCAACGUCUUUUAUAUUCUUGUUGCUAUCGGGAUUGUACGAAAAAAUCCUUGCUCGUCCUGCUAUUACCGCGUCGAGAUUGGAACAAGUACAACAAUAUGGAGCAGAGUGGAAGCAGCUUAUUGAUAUCACAUACUGGGAAAUGGGCAUUGCCAAAGCAAUCAUGCUAGAUUGGUCUGGAGCAGCGAACUGCUAUGCCCACUUGUAUGCCGUGAAUAAAUGGAGUAAAGCAGUAUAUAGAUUCCAGCAGGCUGCUUGUAUGUAUCAGGCUGACGCAGAAAAGUACAAGACUCAGGUCGAUACCAUGAUGAAGGAGAUUGCCAAAUUGACGAAGAAGGUGGCUGGAAAAUCUAUUCCGGUCGAGAAGUUCUUUGCCCGUAAAUCCCGCAAAUGGACUCUCCAAGGCGGUCGUCUCCUCCUUCCCGGAUUAGAAUGCCUCUACAUUUGGAAUGGCUUUGACUUCAUGCCCAAAGAACAUUUGUACCAAGCUCUAGAUCUAAUCAACGACGCACUCAGGAAACUCGACAGCCAACUCCCACCAUCCGCCGACCAAGAUAAACCACCAUACGAAACAUACUUUGAUGAUUUAUGUCUAGCCCGCUUCUUCAAAGGUGUUGUAAUGAGAGAACUAGCCAUGCCAACUAGCGUGACAUUGAUACCCAUGGUCGAAGAAGCCAAACUGCGUCCAAACACUGAACAAGUGAAUGAUUUGAAGGACGCUGCUAGAGCACUAGACUUUAUCAAAGUGGUUGCACCCAGGAUUCAUCUAGAUCACUAUAUAUUGCCAUUCUCUAGGUAUGAACAUGGUCGGUUGGCUAUGCGGAUGGGCGAUUAUGGGAAGGCUCGGAUUGAGUUCCAGGCUGCGUUGAAUGGAGGUUUUGCUGAUGAUGAGGAUAGUAGUGGAUGGCGUGCUGGAUCUCGCAAGUAUUCUCUGGAAGGAUCUAUACAAAUACGAACACACAAUGCACUAGCAAAGCUGGAAAUUUUGGAAAAGACGAUUUCGUAA